UAUUCGCGUUUCUGAGUUUCUUGCGGGUGGAACUCCCCAAUAUUUUGUGGAGCGAGAGGUGUUUUGAAUUCCUUAGCAUUUAUUACAGAAAAUGCAUUUCUAGUAUAACGUACUGUUCUCUAUUAGCAAUUUUUAACCACCGAUUGCGAGUGCUUGACUGUGUGUGCGAGUGAGAGGGAGAGCGAGUAGUCCAGCAUCAUGAGAAUGCAACAAAGCGCCUUGUUGUUGUUGCUGCUGGCUGUGACGUCGCAAGGAGACGCCGACGUCGCUGCAGCGCCGGAGUCCAAUUGGAAUGAGAAAAUCAAAGUGUUCACUGUGGCCACUGAACCCACCGAUGGCUAUAAUAGAUAUGCUCGAUCUGCACGAGUCUACGAUAUUGAGGUGACGACACUUGGCUUGGGAGAGGAAUGGAAAGGAGGAGAUAUGCAGCGACCUGGCGGCGGAUUCAAGCUCAAUCUUCUGCGCGAGGCAAUUGCUCCGUAUAAAAAUGAUCCGGAGACAAUCAUACUCUUCACCGACAGCUACGAUGUGAUCAUCACCACCACGCUGGACGAGAUCUUCGAGAAGUUCAAGGAGGCGGGUGCCAAGAUACUCUUCUCCGCCGAGAAAUACUGCUGGCCCGACAAAAGUCUGGCCAACGAUUAUCCCGAAGUGGAGGGCAAGGCCUCCCGAUUCCUCAACUCGGGCGCCUUCAUGGGCUAUGCACCACAAGUUUACGCUCUGCUGGAGGAUCCAAUCGAAGACACUGCCGACGAUCAGCUGUAUUUUACCAAGAUCUUCCUCGACGAGGCCAAACGCACCAAGCUGGGCUUGAAGCUGGAUGUGAAAUCGCGUCUUUUCCAAAACCUACACGGUGCCAAGAACGAUGUGAAGCUUAAGGUGGAUCUGGAUAGCAAUCAGGGCGUGCUGCAGAAUGUGGAUUUCAUGACGACGCCGGCCAUCAUCCAUGGCAAUGGACUUAGCAAAGUGGAUCUAAAUGCAUAUGGCAACUAUUUGGCCAGGACCUUCAGCGGCGUCUGCCUUUUGUGUCAGGAAAAUCUCUUAGACUUGGAAGAGACAAACCUACCUGUGAUUUCCCUAGCCCUGAUGGUCACGCAAGCCGUACCCUUCUUCGACCAGUUUCUGGAAGGCAUCGAGACUUUAAACUAUCCCAAGGAUAAACUCCACUUGCUCAUCUACAGCAACGUGGCAUUCCACGACGAUGACAUCAAGUCGUUUGUUAACAAACAUGCCGAAGAGUAUGCUACUGCCAAGUUUGCUCUCUCCACUGACGAGUUUGAUGAGCGCCAAGGCAGGCAAUUGGCCGUUGACAAAGCUCGACUCCACCAAAGUGAUUACAUAUUCUUCGUGGAUGCAGAUGCGCACAUCGACGAUAGCGAGGUUCUCCGUGAGCUGCUCAGGCUGAACAAGCAAUUCGUGGCUCCGAUUUUCUCCAAGCCCAAGGAACUGUGGAGCAACUUCUGGGGUGCCCUUUCCGAAGGUGGCUACUACGCCAGGUCGCACGACUACGUGGACAUUGUAAAGCGGGAACUUAUUGGCAUGUUCAACGUGCCCCACGUAACGAGCAUCUAUCUGGUGAAGAGCACCGCCUUCGAUGCCAUCUCCUUCAAGCACAAGGAAUUCGAUCCCGACAUGGCCAUGUGCGAGUCACUCCGCAAUGCGGGUAUCUUCAUGUACGCCAGCAAUCUGCGCAUAUUCGGUCACCUGGUCAACGCCGAUGACUUCAACACUACGGUGACACGUCCGGAUUUCUAUACGCUGUUCAGCAACGAGAUCGACUGGACGGAGAAGUACAUACACCCGAACUACUCACUCCAGCUGAACGAGAGCUACAAGCUACAGCAGCCGUGCCCGGAUGUCUAUUGGUUCCAGAUCGUGUCGGACGCGUUCUGUGAUGAUUUGGUGGCCAUUAUGGAGGCGCAUAACGGCUGGUCGGAUGGCAGCAACAGCGACAGUCGACUGGAGGGCGGAUACGAGGCGGUGCCCACCAGAGACAUCCACACCAAGCAGGUGGGCCUGGAGCGGCUCUAUCUCAAGUUUCUCCAGCUGUUCGUUCGUCCGCUGCAGGAGCGCGCCUUCACCGGCUACUUUCACAAUCCUCCGCGCGCGCUGAUGAACUUCAUGGUGCGCUAUCGGCCGGAUGAACAGCCUUCUCUGCGUCCGCACCACGACUCCUCCACGUACACCAUCAACAUUGCGAUGAACCGGGCGGGUAUCGACUACCAGGGCGGUGGCUGUCGUUUCAUUCGGUACAACUGCUCCGUGACCGAGACGAAGAAGGGAUGGAUGCUGAUGCACCCGGGGCGAUUGACUCACUACCACGAGGGACUGCUCGUGACCAAUGGCACGCGUUACAUCAUGAUUUCGUUCAUCGAUCCGUAGAGUAGCUAAUUUACAUAGGUUAUAUAUAUAUAUAUCAAACUGCCAUAUCGGCUAAUCCAAAGAACUGCAUACUAAGCCCAAUGAACAAAUUUGUGUUGAUGGAAUUGCGGCAUCGGCCUUCUGUUUCUGAUGAUUUUACAAACUACUUUGAGAUCGAUAGCUUUAGGAUACUCCGAUCAAUCUGUUGCAGCCUUAAGUUAAUUAUAAGCUUUUUUACCAAGUGCAAAGUGUUCCAUUUUUGAAUAAAUUAAUUCAAUUAUUAAACGAAA